GUUAAAUUAUUGCCAUAAUAUGUUUUGUUAUAAGUUAUUAUAGGCGCUUGAUUUAAAUUUAAGUAGGCAUCCCUUUUCAUUGAACAGCAUAUGAGAUGACGUCAUUUUGGUAAGCAAGGAAUUCCGGAAGCGGCAUUACAAACAAAAUGACCAGUUUACGACCAGAUGUGGAGGGUUCCCAGAUCCUGGAUCUACCCAAUGGCAAAUAUGGUGUUCCUGAUAUGAUGAUGCAUGGGUUCCAGAACGUUAGAAGCGGCAACACUCCUGCACAUCCCCUGCAGCAUUCUGAGAAACAUUGGCACGAGAACAAGAAGAUGAUGGACUUUGCCAUGCUGCGGAACCUGCAGGGGCUUCAUGCCCCCCUCAAGCUGCAGAUGGAACUGAACAUCACCCAAAAGAUGCGUCGCCUGCCUGGCCUGGGGAGCUCUCAUGUGCUGGAGGAGAGUCUCACUGGCAGGGACAUGAUGCUUGACUUUGAGGACAUCUUCAAUGACCCAGACGAGGUCCCUCUGAGUUCCCAGCCCCACAUACAGAUGGAGAAACGCCUCAACAUUCUCUGAAUAAAUCACUGAGCCAAGACGUCAUCUAGCAUCGUCCACAAUUACAAACAAGAACAGCUAGCCUAUCAGAAAUCAUAGACAAUGAUAUAGGAUUAUAAAUGUUCACAUUCUGUAUAUAGGUGAAAAUAUACGUAAAAAGUGUACAGGGUUUCAAAAAGAAAGAUUCUUUAAGUGAUUCAUAGCAAUUGUGUAUUAAAAAUUAUCAAUAACUUCACCUGAAAACUUUAAGACACUCAAUUUUCCUCAUAAUUAGUAUACUAUGUUAGGCAUGCAGUUCUUGUUCCCAUAAGCUGUUAAUUGCUGUCAGUUUUCACUUUUAUCUGUUGUUUUUGCUAGAUUAUGUAUGUAGUACUGCACCUGGUCGCUACGUGAGCUACUGCAUCUAUGGUGAAUUCUUAAAGAUCAUUACACAAAACAUGUUGCUCUGUUUAUUUAUGUCAUGAAAUAAAUCCUAAAUUUA